UCGUUAGUAUUUAGUAUUUAGUCUUCUAUCCACGCUUCUUCUCCGCAUUCUUGACGUUUUCCGUGUUCCGCUUUCCGUUUUCCGUUUUCCUUAUAUGGCCUCAAACCUUACCUACGUACUUGACAUUUCUUGCUACUGUUAUCGCACAGCACAAAGUAUAAUUUAUCGUUAUCCCCCACAUCAUCAUACUUUUUCUUCCCUCUUUCCUCCUUAUCUCCCACUCUUCCCUCAAUCCCGUCACCAAAGGGUUUGUGACAAAGGAACAGAAUCAUCCUUCCACAUCACACUUCGUACAUCAAUCAAAGCCGCAGAGUGAUCGAUGAUCGUUCCAAAAACAUCCGAACUACAUACCUCCCUCCUACCUAGUACAUCCUACAGUUUCAACGCACGGAGAUCCAUUCUGCCGACAUCCAAUCCACGCUAAUCCAAUUUGAGUUUGACUAUCUCCCUCUCCAAAACAGCUCCAAGCCAAGAAGAGAGUUUCACUUCAUCUUUUGUAGUAGUGGGAAUGCACCCUCGAUAAAACUACAAAGUAUUUGCUCCUCUUAAAUUAAUGGAUAUGUGAUAUUCGAUUGAGAGAUUGCUAUUUGUUUACGACUUUCCGUGGAUUUUUCUCUUGUUCUCUAUUCACUCUUCCCUUCCUCAACUGCAUCAUCUCAAUCAUGCUUCUACCGGAUAAGGGAGGGAAUAUGGCGAAAUGCCUUUCGAUCCUCCUGCUCUUCGUCGGGUUGGUUGCUGGUCAAACUUCCACGGCUUCCUUCUCGCCCUCGAAUCAUACUUUGCCAUCUAACAUGACGAACCCGGAUUUUGAAUUGUCUUUGACGUCUGGGAAUAGCGAUCUCUUGAUCAGGAAUAUGUACAACAUUGCCCCGCUCACUGCUGAGGCGGGAAUAGGACAAACUGAGACUGCUGUAAAUCAAAUUAACAUCAACGGAUCUAUUGUCCCCAGAGAUGCGUCAAAUGCGAGUAAUCUAUCCAUCACCGAUAUAGCAUAUAUGAAUUGUGAUCCAAACGAAAGCUCCAACAUUGAUUCAACACAAGCUAUUAUCAUGGCAGGAAAUGCGCGGCCAAAGGCCAUAUUAUUGUAUAGCUUAUACUCCCAGGAGUGCAGCAUUACCGGCGAUUCUGCUUAUAAAACAAUUUAUACAAUGGUGUCUGCCUCCGAUUCAAUGGCUUUAUUUGUUACUUUGAACAAUUAUUCCAACGGCUCAUUGGUCGCAAGAUUCGUACCCAACCAAAGCUCGUCAGAUAUAGGUUCGGCAUCGCAAACUAGUAACAACGGAGGACCGCCACCAACUACAGCUGUUGCCAUGAGCAUUCUAUACAGUAUCACUGGAAUUAUCACUUUGCUAUUCUUGAUAAUUAUAGCCACGGGAGCCAUUCGCGCUCACAGGCAUCCGGAAAGAUAUGGGCCACGGAACGCUCCAGGAAGACCAAGGCAAAGUCGAGCAAAGGGUCUUGCGCGAGCUAUGUUGGAAACUCUACCCAUCGUGAAAUUCGGGGAUCCAGAACCAGGGAAACCAGGGAGUACUGAUAUUGAAUUGGAGAAUGGCAGUGUUCAUCAUGUUCCUGUUACUUCUACAACAGAUGCCACGACCAGCGACACAUCAAAAUUUCCGGUUACCGCGGCAGCAACUUCCGAGAAGGGUUUGGGUGCACAUCCUGAGUCAGGGGAUAACGAAGCAUCGGCGGCCACGAAGGAGAACGAGCUUUUACAAUGUUCGAUUUGUACAGAAGAUUUCGCUACCGGUGAAGACGUUCGAGUGCUUCCAUGUCAUCACAAAUAUCAUCCUGCUUGCAUAGACCCUUGGCUAUUGAAUGUCUCAGGAACUUGUCCAUUAUGUCGCCAUGACCUCCGACCUACAGCAACUCAUGCCCAAUCUGCAGAUGAUGAACUUCCCCCUCCACUUGAUGCGGGUGAAGGAGAAGCAGCUAGUCAACACACAGCUGGUACUUCUGAAAACGGAGAGACCAGCUCUCGUAGUCGCGUUUCUCGUCUUAUGCAUCUUCGCAAUGCUCCCCCCGAGGAGAGUAUUGCUACCCUUCGCGAAUUUGCACGUGAGCAAUCCCAACAAGAAGUGGCUGCACCAAAUGAGGACGGAGUCGAAGAACAAGGCAGAAGAGCUAGCCUUGCAGGUCGACUCCGAACCACUCUCCGAAUAAGAACACGAGCACAAGCACCCACUGUGCCCGAAACGACAGCAACAACAUGAUAUGAUCACUAACUCAUAGUAUUUUUAACGAUUCGCAUAACGACCUUUUAUAUUUAUAUUUUAUGACUUUAAAUAGUGGCUCUCCAAAUCCGACGUUUUACUACAGUAUUGUGAAAGCAGAGUACAUCAUAUUGAAACUGAUUAGCGUGGACGGAUGAGAAUGAUGGAUGAAAUGGUACGAACAAUUGGAAAGGAUGGAUCUGAAUAGAUGGAGUUUGGCGUCAAUUAUUUACCCUUGAUUUUCACAAGUACAAUCGAGCAUGGAUUGGGUCUGGUCUAGUUUGGGCGGUGUUUUAUCAAGCACCCAGGAUUUCGGAUGGUUGGAGGAUAUGGAGCGGCGCAGUGGGUGGUAAAAUUAGGAGUCGCGGAAGCUAAGGGAGAUUUUUGUCAGCGACUGCAAUAUUUUAUUAUUGUAAUAUAUCUUGUAGGACCUGAUUUCUACGCGAGAUGGGCUCGAUAAAUAUCAUACUAUGCCUGUCAU